UAUCUAUAAAAAACUUUCAUCUAAUUAAUUUCAAGAAUGGCAAGUAAUCUAAAGUUGAAAAAUGUUGUGGUUGAUUCUGAUAAUGCUAAUAGUGAUUAUGAAGAUGAAAAAGUUACUAAAAAAUCAGAAUUGGAUCUUCCUUUGGAGAAAUUGAACCUUGGUACUAAAAAAAAACUUCUUGUGCUUAAUCUUGGUGGGCUACUAGUCGAUAGGGUGCAUCGCCGCAACGAGUCUGCGGUGCGGAGAUACACCCCGGACCUUGCUCAUGGAAAUUUCCUAGUCUUCAAGAGACCUUAUUGUGAUCAGUUUAUGAAGUUUUGCCUUGAAAGAUUUGAAGUUGGACUAUGGUCCUCUGCUAUGGAUCGAAACGUGGAACCAAUUUUAGACAACAUCAUGAUUGGCCUUCGAAAAAAAUUGGUAUUUGUUUGGGAUCAAGAAAAAUGUAUUGAUAGUGGUUUUCCAACUGUGGAGAAGCAAAAUAAGCCAAUAUUUUUGAAGCAAUUGAAGAAAAUAUGGGAAAAUAAUUAUUAUGGUGGAAGAUUUUCAGAAUCUAACACACUUUUAAUUGAUGAUGAACCCCAUGUUGCUCUACUAAACCCUCCUAAUACUGCUGUUUUUCCUCCUGCUUACAAAGUUAAUAAUAAGAGAGACACAUUUCUAGAUGUUAAGGGUGAAAUGCAUGAGUUUUUGGAGGGACUAGUUGAUGCUGAUGAUGUUCCAACGUACGUUAAAGGACAUCAAUUUGGACAACCUGCGAUAACAAAUACUCAUAAGGAUUGGGAUUAUUAUGCUAAGAUAAUUUGCGCUGCGGAAGAUCCUAGCUUUGGUUGUUCUGAUUAUGAAUCUGAGUACUCUGAUUAAGGAAAUUACUAGUAUUAUGUUCUAUGAAGAAGGUUAAUGGUUUUUCCCAGAACAUUAAGUAAAUCUUUUCUUAGUAAUUGUGUACUUAUGAUGUUUUGGUGUGGUCUUAUGUUUUUUUGCAUGUUGCAAGUCUUUUGGGACUUAUAUUUGUCUAUGGGUUGUUAAUAAUAUUGCUAUGUUUUGAUAAUGUUUCUAUCAU